ACGAGUCGAAGGAUAUGAAAAUUCGCCGGUCGGCUGCCGGACGUGUCUCCAUCUGCGAGAGUGACGUGUCCCGCGGGCUGCUGCUUGGUUAGAAAACGCCGCACGAAGAUCCCCAGCUGGAUCUGUCGCCGCGCGAUUUCACCGCCACGAGAGCCACGGCCGUGCACGACAUCCACUGCGUCGGCAGUGGACAAGAGAUUCCGCGGUGGAGAUCCAGAAGGGAGACCAGGUGGAAAGUUUGGACUGAGUCGAGACACGUCAAGGAGAUCGAACCUCGUCUUUGUAGAUUUACAAGUUUCACGGUACGUAAACUGUAAAAUUAUAGUAAUCAGGAAGAGAUGUUGUAACUGCUGCGAUCGUUUGCAAAGGAUAUCUAUAUAUAAGCAGGUUCAACUACCGUUCGGACUAAGUCACCGUUCACGGCCAUUCUAUGUUUCGGCCAGUCGAUCGACCCCUAAGUUUCAGGCAGCGCGCCAGCGACUGGAUCUAUAAGAUGUUAUUUCUCUGGUCGAGAGAGCCAGCCCCGGCACCGAGAGCCGGCCCCUGGUUCGCCUGGUUCGCCACAGCGUUGGUCCUCUGGCGUUGCCGAAGAAGCGUCGUCAAAGCGAUUCUGGCCGCGUCGCCGUUGAGAUUGCUGAAGAGGCGCAAUCUUUUGCCGCAGACAUCCUCGAAAGCCUCGUCCACGGCGACGCUGACGAAACAACGGCUGAGACCGGAAAAUUCGUUGCUGCAGCGGAAACACAGGCACACGGGCGUCAGAACGAAAGUGAAACGGCUGUGCACCGGCGACGGGCCGCACGUGACCAGCUCGACAUUCACGAUCCAGAGCCAACAAAUUCAUUACAAAGUGACGAGAAGCGGCAAAAUAUACGGGAAAUACCCGAACAAAGUUGCCACGCCGAUGACCAACGGCCAGGGAAACCAUUGAAGCGGCGACCCACCCCGUUCUCUCUCCGAUUGUUCAACACCCGACGGCUCUCGCUUUUGUGUCCCGUUCAGUGCCCCGUUCCCGCCAUUAAUCGCGACUGGUUUCAACUCGGAAAGCGAACACGUGUGCAUGUACCACUGUGCGUAUCUCGAAUUUGUUGUCAUAAAGUCAAACAUUUUGUCAAACGGGCACCGUUUUCUGUCUUUUCUUCGUCUAUUUCGACGAGAGCUAUUUCCACGAGAUCGUCGAGAUCUUCGCGGAGUGAGU